AAGCACAACUUUUGUCCCCGGAAGUAUAACACGUUGCCUGUCCGCCGGAGGUUUAGUUUGUGUCUUCACCAAAGACCAAAUGGCACAUAUAACAAUUAAUCAGUACCUGCAACAGGUGUUAGAAGCAGUUGAGACCAGAGAUGGAGCCUUCUGCGGGGAACUGUUGUCGUUCAAACACCCCCAUGUGGCCAAUCCUCGUCUGCAGCUCCCUAAUCCAGAGGAGAAGUGUCAACAAGUGCUGGAGCCACCGUAUGAUGAGAUGGUUGCAGCACAUCUGAGGUGUACAUAUGCUGUGUCUAACCAUGACUUUGUGGAAGCCUACAGAUGCCAGACAGUGGUUGUUCAAUCAUUUUUGAAAGCGUUUCAAGCACACAAGGAAGAGAACUGGGCUUUACCGAUAAUGUUUGCUGUAACAUUGGACUUGAGGAUAUUUGCCAACAGUGCAGAGCAGCAAUUGCAAAAGAAGGGGAAGGGGAAGGUAGGAGACAUGCUGGAGAAGGCAGCAGAGCAGCUAAUGAGCUGCUUCAGAGUUUGUGCCAGUGACAAUCGGGCUGGCAUUGAUGACUCAAAGAAGUGGGGGAUGUUAUUUCUGAUUAACCAGCUUUUCAAGAUUUAUUUUAAGAUUAACAAGUUACACCUAUGCAAGCCGCUCAUCCGAGCUAUUGACAGCUCUAACCUGAAGGAUGAAUACAGCAUGGCGCAGAGGGUCACAUAUAAGUACUAUGUGGGCCGCAAAGCCAUGUUUGACAGUGACUUCAAGCUAGCGGAGGAAUUCCUGUCCUUCGCCUUUCAGCAUUGCCAUCGUUCAUGUCAGAGGAACAAGCGCAUGAUCCUCAUCUACCUGCUGCCUGUCAAAAUGCUUCUGGGUCACAUGCCAACCCAUCAGCUCCUUAGAAAGUAUGACCUUAUGCAGUUUGCCGAGGUCACCAGAGCAGUGAGCGAGGGGAACUUGCUUCUCCUGAAUGAUGCGCUGGCUAAACAUGAAACUUUCUUUAUCCGCUGUGGAAUCUUUCUCAUCCUUGAGAAGCUUAAAGUCAUAACCUACCGGAACCUCUUCAAGAAAGUGUACCUACUCCUAAAGACCCAUCAGCUUCCAUUGGAUGCUUUCCUGGUCUCUCUUAAGAUGAUGCAGGUGGAGGAAGUAGAUAUUGAUGAGGUGCAGUGCAUCCUGGCCAACCUCAUCUACAUGGGUCACAUCAAGGGCUAUAUCUCUCAUCAGCACCAGAAACUGGUGGUCAGCAAACAGAAUCCCUUCCCCCCACUGUCCACUGUGUCUUAAAGCUACUCAGAGAUGUUUUUUUUCUGUUUUCUGACUCAGUUACAAUCAUUUCAUUCUGCUGCCACCUCAGCUUCAGUGACCAUGUGUUCAUUCAUUUACUACCUCAAACUUCAGCCCUCAAAGACCUUUUUGAUCAGAGUACAGUUUGUAAUACUAUAAAACUUCCUUACCACUCUCUGCAAGUCCUCCAUAAAGCAUACCUUUUAGAGAGUCAAAAACUUUACCACCUUAACUGAUAUUUAAUCAGUUUAUUCUAUAAUCAGUAUAAGAAAAUGCAUCAGUGUGUAACUUUUUGUUUUUUACUGUUUUCUAAUAGGAAAUUUCAAUGUUAAAUAAAGCUUAGAUUUAUUUGCAA